GGCGCCCCCCGCCCCUCCCGGUUCUGUCGGUUGAGGCGAGCCGAGAGUAAAUAGAAGCAGGAGCCCAAAAUGGCGGAGCCGCCGAGUCCUGUUCGUGGCGCGGCGUCGCCCGAGCAGGAGCCGUUCGGCGCCAGGCCGGCCCCGGACGCGAAGGUUUCCCGUGGGUCCCAGCCAGCCGCCAAGAAGAUGAAGGGAGCCGAUGAGAGGAGCCUGAAGGGCGCGAAGCGCGUCAACGGUGAAGGGGGCGGCGGCGGCGGCGGCGGCGGUAACGGUGGGAGCGGCAAGCAGUCGCUGCCGCUGCCAGCGGUCGUGCCGAGCUACAGCAACCCCGCGGCGUGGGGCUUCCCCGCGCUCCCUCCCGGCCCUUCCGGGAGCGCGGGGAGCUUCGCUUUUCCUUCUCAGCUGCCCCGGAAGCUGCUGUCGCCCGCCGUUUUGCUGCCGUCGUCCGCCUCCCCCUCCUGUUCGUACCAGCAGCACCAGCACCGCCACCACCGGCACCGCCUGGCUCUCGCCGUCGAGGCGGGAGGCUGCGGUAGCGGCGGGGCGGCCGGCGCUGGCGGCGGGAGCGCCAAGCCGAAGAGGCCCAAGGAAAAGCGGGACAAGGAGAGGAGGAAGCACGGGGCCCUGCCCGUGGUCGCGGCGGUGGGAAAUGGCGGCGGGGGCCUGAGUGCGGCUGGCCAGGAGGAGAACGGAGAGGUGAAGCUGCUGUUGCCGAAAGCUCAAAUCAAAGACAAAAUUAAAGAAAGGGAAAAGAAGCAAAAAGAGAAGAAGAAGCACAAAAUAAUGAAUGAAAUCAAGAAAGAAAAUGGAGAGGUCAAAUUAUUGCAGAAAGGUGGGAAGGAGAAACCAAAAACCAAUGCAGAAGAGCUACAGAUUAAAAAAGUUAAGAAGAAAAAGAAAAAGAAACAUAAAGAGAAUGAGAAGAGGAAGCGUCCAAAAAUGUACAGCAAAUCCAUUCAGACCAUCUGCUCAGGACUGGUUUCCGAUAUUGAGGAUCAGGAAGCCAAAGGCAUCAUAGAUGAUCAUCUUAAGGAUUUCAAUGGGAAAAAUAUGGAUCCCAAGAAGGACUGUGAGUCCAAGAUACCAGAGAACAGUGAGUUUCCAUUUGUCUCGUUAAAGGAGCCACGGGUUCAAAAUAAACUCAAAAGGUUGGACACAUUGGAGUUCAAACAGCUGAUUCAUAUUGAGCACCAGCCUAACGGAGGUGCAUCAGUUAUCCAUGCCUACAGUAAUGAACUCUCCCACUUAUCUCCUGUGGAGAUGGAGAGAUUUGCAGAAGAGUUUGUGGGUCUGGUUUUUAGUGAAAAUGAAAACUGUGCAGCUUACUAUGUAAUGGGUAUUGUUCAUGGGGCAGCUACUUAUUUACCUGACUUUUUAGACUACUUUUCGUUUAAUUUUCCCAAUUCACCAGUGAAAAUGGAGAUUUUGGGAAAGAAAGAUAUAGAGACAACGACUAUGUCAAAUUUUCAUGCUCAGGUAAAAAGAACAUACUCUCAUGGUACGUAUAGAGCUGGCCCAAUGAGACAGAUCAGCCUGGUUGGAGCAGUUGAUGAGGAAGUGGGGGAUUACUUCCCUGAAUUCCUUGAUAUGUUGGAAGAAUCACCCUUCUUAAAAUGUACACUGCCAUGGGGAACACUUUCUAGUUUAAAAUUAGAGAGUCGUAAAGACAGUGAUGAUGGUCCCAUUAUGUGGGUACGUCCAGGAGAACAGAUGAUCCCUGUGGCUGACAUGCCAAAGUCACCUUUCAAAAGGAAGAGAACUACCAAUGAAAUAAAAAACUUGCAGUACCUACCUCGAACCAGUGAACCCCGUGAAAUGCUAUUUGAAGACCGAACACGAGCCCAUGCAGAUCACAUAGGACAAGGUUUUGAACGACAGACUACAGCUGCUGUGGGAGUAUUGAAGGCUGUGCACUGUGGAGAGUGGUCUGAGCAGCCUCGUAUAACCAAAGAUGUAAUUUGUUUUCAUGCUGAAGACUUCUUGGAGGUAGUUCAGCGAAUGCAAUUAGAUUUGCAUGAGCCUCCACUCUCACAGUGUGUCCAGUGGGUUGAUGAUGCAAAACUUAAUCAACUGCGAAGGGAAGGCAUUCGAUAUGCCAGAAUUCAGUUAUUCGAUAAUGACAUUUAUUUUAUCCCAAGGAAUGUUGUGCACCAGUUCAAAACAGUUUCAGCUGUGUGCAGUUUGGCUUGGCACAUCCGGCUCAAGCUGUAUCAUUCAGAGGAAGAACUUUCUCAAAAUACAAGUACUGUUAAAGCAGGUACCUCUGCAGACCCCAAGUCUUCGGUUAUUGGACUUCAGACUGACAGCAGAAUUUGUACAAUGAGCAAAAAUACCUCCGAAGACACCAAAUUUUCAGAUGCUCUGCAGAUGAAGUAUCUGCAGCAGGAAUUUAUGCCGAUAAAACAUGAACCUAUUGCAUCUCACCGAAUAAAAGAAGAACCCAUGAAUGUUGAUCUUGCUGAAAAGACAGUGGCACCUAAUGACGUCGGGGGCCAGAAUGUUCAGACUAGGUUGGAUCACGUUGAAUUGACGGCAUUUAAGUUGGAGAUGGAUUCUAAAUUUGAACCUGGCAACAAGGACUUACAAGGCAAGUUAUGCCCUGGAGGUCACAUACAUCCAGAUGAUACCAGACAACAUAGUUCAUCAUAUCCAAAACUGCAUGGACAAAGAGAGGAUGAUUUUUUGUGCUAAAUUUGUAUAUAUGGUUUUAAAUUCCUUUUUGAACUUAAUGAUGUAAUAAUGUAAAGAUUCAUAAAUUCUGUGAGGCAAGUUUGUGACUUGCCUUCGCAUCUGUUACAGAAGAUAGUUAUGUAGCUUUGUAACAUUCCUCAGUGCCUGUCCAUAACUGUGAAGUAUCAAAGCACUUAGGGCCAGAUGCACUGUAAACACUGCAGGUUUAACAUAAAGAAGUCUUUAAAUAAUUUUGAGUUGUAGGUUUUAGAGUAGAGCUGACAUUUAACAUAUAUAUUUUUUGUAAGAUGAGCCAGAAUUCUUUUUGACAAUUCCAGGCUUUUCCAUAGAGCUUAUUUAUACCAAUUUUUUCAUUUUAAAUGUGUCAGCACUGUAGUGUAAAUAUCUUUUUUAAAAAAAUCUUUUUAGUGUGAUUUAUACUGAAAUGUGAGCCGCUUAAUAAAGGUUCAUAAUAACAGAUUGGUUUUAUUUUUGGGUCUGCAAAAAAUAAUUCAGUUAAACUGCCUCUCUAAAUGGUUAUGUUUCUACCUGCACUAAUGCAUAGGAUACCCUUACGCCAUUGUGGGGUGAGCAGCUGUAGCAAACUGAGGUAGAGCUGAGGCAUUCUUUGUAAAUGGAGAUUAGUCAGAAUGUAAAAUCAGUUCUCCCUUCACAGGAUUCCUUACAGUUGCUCAUUAAAGGCACUCCGCAGACUCCUGCUGUCAGAUGUUAAUAUGGAACAGAGAGGCAAACCUGCCCCUGUUGUGGAGGGCAGUCGGACACCCCCUGGGCUCCAGGAGCGUGAUCAGUAACUGUGUGCAUCUCUCUAGAUGAGCUGGUGCAAGGGAGCAAAGUCCCUUCUACCUUUGCCUCUUCCCCUGCUCAAGCCACGGUUAAGGCAGUUCUAUUUCAUGUCAACAAAAACCAACCCCCCCCCCCCCCCCCCCCCUCCCCCCCAAAUUAAGUCAGUUAAUCUGACUAAAAUUUAAAAAAAGAAUAUUUAAAUGGUAACUUUUUCACGUAUAAAGGCCUCAACUUUAGUAGUGACCUGUAAUUGACAGAGAUGCGUUUGGAUUUUAAUUGCUCCCUAUGCCGAUAGCGCCAGGCAAUAAAGAUGCUUGCCAGUGUGUCUAGUAGGAAGAUUCCUCAUGAGUCCCAGUUUGGAAGCAAGAGUUAUUUCAUUAAGAAAAUAACAGUGGUGUCCAAGUUAACUGUUUGCCUCUCUCCCCACCUAUGGAAUGCUUGAAUUCUCUUAAGCCAUGUUCUGAGGGAAGAGGAUUUCAAGGCUAGCUAGCAUCUGAUGUGGUAAUGGCAAAAACUGUCACUGAACCUACUUAAUUCUUUGUGUAACAUAUUACUGUAUAGUUCAAACACAUCUGAAUGAUAUUUCUUUUUCAGGUAGAUACAAAUAGCAGUAAACUGCCCUACAGCCUGUCCUCCAACUAAGUAUUUAAAACAUAAGAUCCUAGGCCUGUUGUUAUUUCCAAAGCCCUCUGUAUCUGUUGUUUUUUUUUUCCUUUGUAUUUUUUCCCUAUAACUUUCUGAAAGUUGUACAUCCUUAUGUACCUACUUUAUAACCUUUGCACUUAGUGAUCACUUUGGCUUCAUUUGUAGCAACAGAACAAUGUGAUUUCCAGGUGAUGUCUAAUUCAACUGCCUGAGGCCCUUUUGUUGAAAUGUUUUUUGCUUAUAGGUUGUUAAAAUUCAAAAUGUUACUGCUUACUUACUCUGGCACUAAAAUCAGCCAUUUAACGGAUGAGUGCCCUGAUUUCUUUAAGUCUAAAAUAGGUCUGUCAAAGAAUUAUUAAUUACAUCAAUAUUUGAAUUAUUGAAUAUUACUCCUACAUAGCCAUAAUUACGUAUUAGAGAAGCAAUAGAAACAUGAAUCUCUUGGAUGUGGCUAAUAUAUCCUUAAGUCUUACUGCUGUUUUCUUUAAUGCUGGCUAAGAGAUUACUACCAGUUUUGCAGCCUCAGGGAUCUUGCUUUCCCCUCAUGCCAUGAGCAAAUGAUUCAUGUGUGACAUGGUAAGUUAUUAAUCUAGCAGAUUCUGAUUUGAGAAAUUAAUUGGUUCGUGUAAGAGUUUAAGCCUUCCUGAUAGUAGAAAUGUGGUCUUGGCUCCUGUUGUGUUUUCUGGAUUAUCUGGAAACUUCCACCCGUAAUCUCUUUGGCUUUAUGAACAUCUGUACACAAUUAUGUAGCCUUCCAUUCCUGUUCUCUGUGCCAGCCGUUGGAGAACAGUAAAAGAGAAGAGCUGCCAGUUGUAGUUUGCACCAAGCAUGCAGCUUUCCACCUGGGUUAGCAGAAGGCUCCAGCUUUAUCAAUACCAUCCUUGCCAGAUACUGCUCUUUUAAAACAAAACCAAAAAAACCCCCACCACUACCAACAACAAAAAAACCAAACCAUAAAACAACCCAACUGUUUAGUUUAAUUAAAAAAAAACAAACCUUGUUUGUAUGCUGGUGAUCCAUAUGCUGAUCAUUCAUUCUGGUUCAAGUUUGUUUGGGUUUUUUUCUUAAAUCUGCCAGAUUUUACUAAAGUAAACCCUUGACAGCAAGCAACUUCCUGCAUCAUAGGCCCUGUCCGAACUGAAAAAAUAAAUCUUUGAAAAUGGUUUAGCAAACAGACUUUACACUUAAGAGUAAAACUUUAUUUCCUUUUGAAGACCUGCUCAGCGGUCUUGGCUGAUCAUGGCCUCAAACUUCUGCUCAGGUUAUGUCUUGGUUCUGAAAUUUUUCCUUUGAACUGCCUACAUCUUCAACCUAUUUUUUUUCUUUUUUUUAAUCACUUUCAGAAUUUUAAGAGAUUAAAAAAAGUGGCAGUUUUUCCACUUUUUAUGCAUCCUUUAUUUUUUAUUUUAGAGGCAGACUAGAUUCUCCUUUUUAGACAGAAUUCCUUGCAGACAGAAUAUAAACAAUACCGGGAUUACCAAUGGCUAUCAGAACUCCCUUUGUAUUCAAAGGUGUAGACAGUCUCGGUUGACUGGCUAUAUUAGUGUGUACUUCUUUCUUUGUUUCUUUUUAAAAAAAAAAAAAAAAAAAGUUUUUGUCCUCUACUGUGGUGUAUUCAUUUUGAUGCGGUUGUUCUUUAAGAGGGGAGUACCUUUUCUGAGGAUUUCAGCUCCCAAAUUGUUCAUUAGUCUGACAAAGGUCUUGCUUUGGUUUCACGUGGUCCUAUGCUAUAACCUUUAUUCCUACCGCAUACAAAUUCAUAUUCAAACUUUGCUUCAGCAAUAAAUGGUUCAUGCCUUCUGAUGUACUGAAACUAGUCUUUGCUUAUUGCUUGUCCCCCCUCCCCGGAUUUCAGUUAUAUAGAAAUCUUUCUGUUAUUUUGGCUGAAAUCUCCAGUUUAGUUUUAGUUGUCUCUCUUGGCCCUUCCGCAGAUUUCUGCAAAAUCUGCUUAAGGCCUAUUGCCUGUACUGCAAUGGUAUUGACAUCUGUGCGUUUGCAGUGGUGUUCCAGUUAAUGACAUGAUGUGCAGAAGUUUAGACAUGUUCUCCUAGAUACUGGUUCCAUAUUUGUGGGUAGCAAAGAAUUGCAUUGUUACUGCUGCUACCCAAUAGCUUUCAAGAUGGUAGCUGCUUUUUUUUUUUCUUUUUUUUUUUUUUUUUUUAAAUUACUGGAUCUUUUGCAUUUCACUGGCAACUGACUUCAUGUGUUACAUACAAGUGUUACUCAGUGUUGUGUCAUCCUCCAGCCCUCCAAAUGCCUGCAAAUUGACUCUUGAAACAGCAUUUUCAUUACAGGUACUGCUGGCAUGCAGAUUUUCCCUUCCUUGUUACUAUAGUGAAUAUUUCAAUACUUCUUUAACUGAAAUAUUAAUUCUAUCUAGUAUUAGAAAUAAAGUAUUAUUUCAGAGGGUGAUGAUUUAAGUAUUCAUCUGUGAAAGAAUUCCUUGGUGAUAAAUAAAUAAAAUUGAUUUUUAAGCAGAUAUACAUGUGCACAGUAAAUAAGUUGGCAUUGCAAAUGAUGUAGAAGAUGGAAACAUGAAACAGUAGAAUGCUGUGAAACAGAUCUGAACAUUACAGAUCUGGAAAACUGAGUAAGUCUUCCAAGAAACACAGGACUGGUAUUCAUUGAUCAAAAUGACUGUUUUCUAAUAUCUGCAUGUGAAUAAGGAUGCUGAAUCAAUUGAAAUAAAUCUGUGUUUUCUCCAUGCUCCUUGGCAAAAUAAAGUGUUGUGAGAGAGUAGGCUACCACCUGACCCUACUAGGAUGAAAACUGUACUAAUUCUCAUAAAGAGAUAAAAAACUUUGCAGGCUUCUCAAGUGUAAUUUUACUCAUUUUUUCUAGUGGUCAGAUGCGUAGAGAACCUUGUCUUUAGGCAGACCACCGCCUGUUACCUUACUGUGAAUGUAAACAAGUUGGAAAUGGAAAGGACAAAUUUUCACUGACCUAUGCUUUGCUGUGAAUGACGCUGUUGAGAAUGUUUUCUUUGAUUGUGAGUCACUGUGUUCAACUGAUAUUUUAUUACUUUCUCAAAUGGAUGAAAUGCACUUUAAAAACUGUAUAAUAGGCGAUACUGAUAUUUUGUGCAGAUCCCACUGAAAUUGGAGCAUACAUGGGAAUAUUUGGGAAACUUUGAUUCCCACCAGUCACUCAUUUCAUUUUUCAUAGAAAUGCAAAUUAUUUUGUGUUCUGUUCAGAAGCAGCAGCUUCACAAUAUCUAGGUUGCUAUUUCUAUUAGAAUCAUCAGGGAUACUGACUUUGCAGAUUUAGUGUAUUAUAUUCUAGCCACUGUUUUUCUCUGUGCUAUGAUGCUAAUAUUUCCUCUGCUUUGGAGCUGUGCUGUACUUGAGUGCCAGCUAGACAUUGAUCUUCUCAUGUUCUGGUCAUGCUGAUAGAUGAGCCUACUGAUGAGGGCAUUAGUCCUUUAAUAUUUGGUGUACAGUUAUGAUAAUCUGAUACAAACAUUGAUUAAAACAGCAGUUUAAACUUC